AUGGACAUCGAAAGACUAAUUAACAGUGUGCGUGAACGCCCCGUGUUGUGGGACCAGAAAAAUAAAUAUUACCACAACAGGGAUUUUGUUCGUCAAGAAUGGAAUGAAAUAGCUGAAGAUUGUGGAACAGACAGCAAGGUACUGAAGAAUAAAUGGAAGAACCUACGUGACACUUUCCGCUCUGAACUCAAAAAAACUCGUGCUGAACGUUCAGGAGACGGAGGUGGCAUGCCGCCUUUCCAAUCCAAUUGGCCUUGGUACGAGCUAAUGACCUUCCUGAUUGACAUAAUGACGCCACGGAAGACGAAGACUAAUGUUCAUCACAAGAAGCAAAAGUUGAAGCUAAUUCAGCAACAAAUGUCGAAAUCAGAAACGCAAGAUGACAGCUAUCAUUUUGUAGUGAGUUUGCUGUCAGCAAUGCGAAAACUAUCACCAGCAGCUCAGUUGAGAGCCAGGAUAAAAAUUCAGCAGGUUCUUUUGGAAGAAUUGGAACAAUCAACCACUUCCACUGCACAUUCGUUGAUGUCACCCUAUGCACCUGAAAAUCCAGUUGAAAUCGUAAUUGCUGGAAAUCCGCAGAAUGAAAUAGUCAUUUCUGAAAUUCAACCUGAUGACAUUGUUAUUUCAAGCCACCAAGAUUCUGAAAACUUUGAUACUUAA